GGACGUACGUACAUGUACGUAUGCGCGCAGCAUGCAUAGAAUGCUGUGGGAAUGUUGCUGUUCGUACACAAAUGAACGGGUUGUAUGCAGAAUCCUACGCACGCGAAACUGGAAGAUAGAUCCACUCAUCCACUGAACUUCAAAAUCGAAUUACUAUGACCUCGACACGGUGAAUUCUCACCAGAAGUAUCUGCGAGCAGUGCUGCAAUGGACAUCUUUGCUACCUGAUCGCUUGGUUUGAUAUUUUCGCGUAUGUCUGGCAGGUUUCACCACCACGCUAUCUUCUGCCCGUGCCAUGGGAAAGACGAACAGCAAGAGUAUUGGGUUCUCAACUCUAGGUUUCGCCAGUGCUAGCACUAAGCGGAGGGAAAACCCAGAAGGAGGGUAUGUCCUGAGUGGAUGUGUGAACAACCAGUUCCAGGAGUCAGACGAGUCGUUGUGGCACUCCAAGGUGGCUCUUCUAGGCUCCUCUGAUUCGUCCGAGAAGAGGACAGUUCAUCUGAACCCUAAACAGCCCACGUCAGAUGAUCCCCACCUGUGCCAGUGUAAUACAUCUCAUGUCCCUGUAGGAUUUGCCAAAGAUAAUUGCCACUUUGAAGUUGCCUUGCCGCCGGAGGUCACAGGCUCGGCGUGCAGUGUGAAGGUUGUGGCCGUGGAGAAGGGCGACGGCUUUGAUGAGGAGAAACCACCACUUUCCCCAACGAUGUCCUCAAACAGCGGCAAGGCAACAGUGGGGGCUGUCGAUUGCGAUGUUUCUUUGGACGGGGAGUCCGACCAACAAGAGUGGGCCUUCACCUUGUACGACUUUGACGGCCAUCGCAGGGUGACCCGAGAGGACUUGUCCAGUCUCCUCAAGACCAUCUCUGAAGCCCUGGCCUCCACCAUCACCUUGCCGGCCAGCGGGAGCAAGAAGCUUCGUGUCCGUCUCUCUGUCGGCUCAGAAGACUCGGGCGACCCCAAACCCUUCGGCGCCGGCGCCGAAAACAAAGAGAACAUGGCGCGGGAGGCUGCACCCACGGCCUGCCACGAUGGGACGGGGCCCGGGAAACCUCUACCCGACGCAGACCGGUUAACGUUGCCCACUGGAUACCAGCAACAGCAGCCGGUGAGGAGAGAGAAUGGCAUGCGAGCGCACAGACACCAGAGGAGGACGAUGUCGGCUAGCCAGGCAGAUUACCACCGAGUUGAUGACCGCAGUCCAAAUACAUGUACUAAGAGGCAGUACAAGCUAAGGAGACACCAAAGUGCCUUUGGUCAUGGAGGAGGCGAGGAGGUCAGACAGAGACUGCAUCCUAUCAGUAGCUCCUCAUCUCCGGUUAGAGAGCUGGAGAACAGAGAGCGGAGGAACUACUACGAAGAGCUGGCUGGAAUUGAGAACAACGGCAGUCGGCAGGAGGAGGAAACCAUCAUUCUGGCUCAGGAGAAAGAGGUGGAAUACCUGGCACAGCAACAGCUUCCCCUCCCCCACAGAACCCGGCACACCUCGGCCGAGAGGCUGCGAAGGGGGCACAGACAUUCCUCCAAAGGGGGUAAAGGGGGCCACCGGCGCUCGCGCUCCUACGACCUGGAUGCCAAGCCCCCGAUACAGGAGGGCGUGCUGAGCACGGAGGAGCACAAACUUAAAUGUGGGCUGCGGCAGCGGUACCACAAGGACUACCACAUGAUGCUGCUGGAGGCGUCGCGGGCCAAGCUGGAAGGUUUCCAACCCAUGUCCCCCCCGCCAGCGGUGGGCGACAUGGCCUCCCAAGCCCCCAUGAAGCUACCCACAUUCACCGCCGCCGAGUCUUCCCCACUGGCUGGGCUGGGCCCCUUUGCCCCACCCCUGCCACCGGCCAACCUGUGCCCUACCCAGCUGCAUUCGCCCGUGGCCCCCAGGGACCAGACCCCGGCCCUGACCAGCCCCAAGGUGCCCGCGCGGCGUCGUUCCCACAAGAAGCUGCUGAAGCCCGUCCUCCAGCCUUUCACGUACAUGCAGCACGAGAUAGCCAACGGCAUGGAGGGAGUGGUCUACGUUCCGGUGUCGCAGCACCAUGAGCAUCACCAUCACCACGAACAUCACCAUCACCACCACUAUCACCACUACCACAAAUGACUAGUCGUGGCAGCCCCAACCACAUGGUGCCGACUCUACUGCUGGGAGCUCACAUCAGAGAAAAAAAUCUGGAGGGUGUAAAAAAUGUUGGAAAAGCUGAUCAAAAGAAGGAUGGCAGUCUUCUUUGCGGCUGUCAAGUUCUACUUCAGUGUGGAGAAGCCACCACAUUGAAUUGCAUAAAAGUAUCUCUGGAGCUCUUCAAGUUGUGCCAAAUUUGGCACUUUGGAUUGGUCCGUUGGUUUCUCAGUGGAGCCAACUGGGGUUGAAAAUGCAUAGUUUCCAUAACCGUCUUGAACUGAAACUUUAAAAGAAAGAAUCUCGGACCAAUCUUGUUUGCAAGAUUGUACAUCAAGGUGACUUGCUAAGUUGUGGAUACCAAGCUUUCCAUCUAGAAACAUGAACGUCCAAUGUCACACUCGCGUCUGCACCAUCUGGAUGGGGCUGUAAUUAAGUAUUGUAUAGAUCUUUAAACAAGGUGCUUUUCCUAAAAGCACGAAAAAAGCAGGGUUUGCUAUUUUUAAGUCUAAAGUGAAGACAAGCUCAUGUCCUUUGUAAUAUACGUGUAUACUUUUACCUCUUUUCUGCAUUUAAUGUUAUUAAACAGUAAUAUUUUAAUCGUAUACUUAAUAUAUUACACUACAAUCCCCAACUGGAAAACACCAGAACGGAUUACGUGUACUGUCGAUUUUGUAAAUGGCAAGUUAAAAUGGUAAACUUUAACCACAGAAUUUGUAUAUUUAUCUGUUUACUGUGGUUACAGAUUGCAAGUCAUACUUGACGCUUUUUUAUCCCCAGUGCAACUUUUCAGAUGUGACAGUCUUUUGAAGCGAUGGUCACAUGACAAAUGCCGAAUGGUUCGCUCUGAAUCGGUUGUCCGUGUCUUUGGAUCCAAAGCUUGAGGCAUAUUGUUGACAAGGCUUUUCUCUCAAAGACAUCAUUGCUCCAAUCUAGGUAGAGUGACUUUGGAAAGUACCCAUGAUCACCAAGUGAAACAAAUAUGGGUGCAGGUCGGUUGGUGGACGUGACUUUUCUUUAUAUUCCCAACACCAAGUAUUUCUCCAGUUGUGUAGUAUUGGGAACAGGUUUUGAUUCGUCUAUUUGAUCUGGUUGUUCAUUUUGAGAACUUUUCUUUGAGUGUUUCGUACAAAGAAUUUUUUUAGUAAUAUUUGAUUUCUGUUCAAAUUUUGUUAUCUACGGAGUGUCUGAGCAUGGUAAGUGGACUCUAGUAGUAUUUAUUUCUUCCAGGUCUUCGGCAGACAUUGCAACAUUUCCUUUUGUGGUUUUAUUGAGGUAUGAUAAGUACUUUCGUUACAUUCUUUGUGUUAAUAGACAGUGGAGAAUGUUUUUAUACUUAAACAUUAUUUAAGGGUUCCCAUGGAAAAACUUGGUUACGUCAUGGAAGAACAGAAAUGUUCUGGAGAUGUUUUGUUAAACACCGAGCGUUGCUGGAUAAGCAGUUCAAAGGCCUUGAAAACAAUGCCUGGGAAAUCUUAUGGCAUUCCUAGAAUUGGGCAAGGAAUAAAGAAGGAAAUGUCCAGGACAUCUGGAGCAGUAGAAUUCAGUGGAAUGGAGAAAAAAUCGAUGGUGUCUGAAGGCCAUUUGCAUGAUUACUUAACUGAGAAAACUCUGAACAUUAGGGCACGUGAUGGAAGCAGUGAUUGUCAUCACGGGAAAGCGCAUCAUGUGACAAAAAGAACCUCAUCCGAAGUUCAUGCUUCCGGAGCUUAGAAUGUGAUGGAAUGAAAAACCAGCAUUCAGACAGAACCUCAGUCUCCCUGGUAUGCCUUUAUUCCUACUUGUAAACAAACUAACAGAGCAGUGUUGACCAGUGAAAUACCUGCGUUAUUCACUCCUAGACCCAAUUUUCUAAAGUACAUGUACUGCUUAGCAGGGAACCAGCCAACAGAAAUUCAGACUGCAUGACACUUGGGCUGGUAACCUGUUUUUCAAAAAAUAACAAAAAGAAAUGCCAUGUUCAGGUUUGCUUGGCUUUGAAAA